UCAUAUAAAGCUACCAUAAAUUUGAUUAAUAAUCUCUCUAAUGAUAUCAAUUAACUCAACACUUAACAGACAAGCAGACCCCAAGAAAAGGAGAUAGAGAGAACAACACUUCACCUCUCUCAUAUUCUUCUUCCUCCCUUCCUCUCUCCUCUGCAACAACAACACCAUCAAUGAGUUCUACAGUAAACCCAAACAAUCCAUGGGCUACAUAUGACUCAUACAGAGACUGCUCACAAGGAGUAUGCAGCGUCUAUUGCCCUCAAUGGUGCUACGUCAUCUUCCCGCCUCCUCCUCCUUCCUUCUUCCUCGACGACGAAGAUGACUCCUCCUCCUCCGACUUCUCCCCUCUCCUCAUCGCUCUCAUCGGAAUCCUCGCCAGCGCCUUCAUCCUCCUCGGAUACUACACACUAAUCUCCAAGUAUUGCCACCGCCGCCGCCAAGCCUCCUCCUCCACCGCCGCCUCUAUCAGUAUCUCUUCCUUCGUCACCGAAGCUCCGGAGGAAAACAACGGAGCUCCGGAUCGGAUCGGGGAUGGACUCGAUGAGACUCUGAUUAAAUCGAUAACGGUUUACAAAUACAGGAAGGGAGACGGAUUCGUGGAGUCUUCGGAUUGUUCCGUUUGUUUGAGCGAGUUUCAGGAGAACGAGCGGUUGAGGUUGUUACCUGAGUGUAACCACGCGUUCCACGUGGCGUGUAUUGAUACGUGGUUGAAGUCUCACUCUAACUGCCCUCUCUGCCGCGCCUUCAUCGCCGGAACCGUUGAAUCCGUCGCGGCGGCAUCUAAUCAGCGGAUCUCCGCCGCCAACGACUCGGUUGAUCGCCACCGUCUGAGUGGAGAUUCCGUCGUUGUUGACUUAGAACUGGAAAUGGACAGAUCUCGGGAUGAGACGGUGGCUAACGUGAACGGCGGAUCGACGCCGAAACCACCGGAGCGAGAAGAUCGGAGAUCGGCGUCGGUAAAUUCAGGCUCCGUGGUCUUGAUCGCCGAUAUACUGAGGGAGAUUGAAGAAGACGAGGAGGAAUCAGCGGGUGUAGGGACUUCUCGGCUCGGAGGAGAUGAGGAAGGAGAGAAGACACCGCCGCCCUCGUCAGAGUCGGCGGCGAGUCAAGGAGGCGGAGGAAUUUCGAAUUUUCUGGGGCGGAGUUCAGUGGCGGGUAAAUUUGUUAGAACCAGAAAUUACCGUUUACCGAACUGAAAAAAAAAACGGUUAAUAUUAGGAAAUUUGAUGAGAAUUGGCUUAUCCGGUUGGUAAUCUUGUACCGGUUAGAGAGAAUCAUUGUUAAACCAUUUGGAAACAGAGAGCAAUUUUCCCUCUUUAUGUGUAAAGUUUUGAAAUUACUGUCCAUUUAUUCUGAAGUAUCUACUUUAAAUUUAUUCUGUAUGCUUUUUUUUUAAUAAUGU